AUGGGUAAGUCCUUUGCUAAUUUUAUGUGCAAAAAGGAUUUUCAUCCUGCGUCGAAGUCAAAUAUCAAGAAGGUAUGGAUACAAGAACAGAAGCUCACCUACGAAAAGUCCAAACAGGAGGAGCUCAUGCAGGCCUACCUGAAAGAGCAGGAGACUUACAACAACAGGGUCUUGAUGGGAGAUGAUCGUGUGAAAAAUGGGCUUAAUUUCAUGUAUGAGGCUCCACCUGGAGCAUCCAAAGAGGAAAAGAAAGAGGAGGGCGAUGAAGAAUGCAAGUUUGAAUGGCAGAAAGGAGCCCCCAGAGAAAAAUAUGCAAAAGAUGACAUGAAUAUUAGGGAUCAACCGUUUGGCAUCCAGGUCCGCAAUGUGAGGUGCAUUAAGUGUCACAAAUGGGGCCAUGUGAACACCGACAGAGAGUGUCCACUCUUUGGACUGUCUGGGAUCAAUGCAAGCCAUAUGGCAUCAGACGAAGGAGCCGGUCCGUCGAUGCACCCCUCCGAGUUAAUGGCGGAGAUGCGAAACAGUGGGUUUGCCCUGAAAAAAUGUGUCCUUGGUAGGGAUGCGACUGUUUGUGAUCCAGCACAGGAUUUUGUUGCCAGCGAAGAAGAGGAGGACCCAGAGGUGGAAUUUUUGAAGUCUUUAACAUCGAAGCAAAAACAAAAGCUACUCAGAAAACUUGACCGCCUUGAGAAGCAGAAAUCCAAGAAGAAAAAGAGCAAGAAGCAAAAGAAGAAGAGAAAAAAAAACCAUAAGAAAAAGGCUGACAGCGACUCGUCAGACAGCAGCAGCAGUGACAGCAGCGCCGACUCCAGCCCCAAAAAAAAGUGUAAGAAGAAAACAUCCCAUCGAGACAGCAGCUCAGACAGACACGCCAAGGGUCACAAAAAGUCCUCUUCUCACCGGAGCAGGUCACCGAGCCCGCACAGCGCUCACAAAGCGGCCCAUUACCGGCACAAGACAGAAAGGGAAAGCAGUCUAGUGAGCAAGCAACAGGGAGGUCAGGACAAGCAGAGAGGCAAGAGGAGCGGAAGUAAAGACGACAAUAGGUAUUACAGAGGCGAUGAUGGGCGAAAGGACAGGCCACAAGAGAUGAGAAAAGACCGAGGACGGAGCAGGAGCCCAGAUAGGAACGAGCGCAGAGUGGACAGGAGUAAGAGCCAGGAGAGGAGAAAAGAUGGACAGAACAGGGGUAGAAGCCGGAGUAGGAGCCAGGACAGAAGGAGGGAUCGGCCCAACAGGGAUAGGAGCAGGAGCCCACAAAGAAAAGAACGUAGUCCAGACAGAGACAAGCGAAAAUACUAA